CGAGAUGCUGGCCAGCUAGACGCUAGCCAGUUCUCUGCGACGUGUUCGCGACGCUUGUGCCGGUUAUUGAUAAUAGGGAACCCGCACGUCGUCUAGAGACACCGAACAGAGAAAAUAAUUUCCCUUAGUCCGUACCAUUACAUACACAUUCCAUUGUCCCUCCAGUAAAUAGAAAUUAUAGGUCGGUUUGUUAGAUCCACCGUUUACACGUUGUAGACAAAAUUUCAUUGUGUACAACAACCGCCGGGAGCACAGGACAUUUCUCGUUGACAAGAGGAGACCAACGAAUUUCAAAUCAUUUGCCAGGAUUGUAUUCACGUGCGAGCUUAUUGUCCACUAGGCUCUCACGUCCGAUAAAUUCUGCAAAAACGGAUAAUUCGAAGGAUUGUCACAAUAUUCACCGGUGAAGAUGCCAGCCCAGUUUGAGAGUGCGAACAGUCCCAUCGCGAGGGAACCCGCCAUGAUAAACGGCAACACUCCAUACUUCAAAGAUGAUAUCGUUAUCAGUGGUUUCUCGGGUCGUUUCCCCGAGUCAGACAGCGUAGAAGAACUGAGAAACAAUUUGUUCGACGGUGUCGACAUGGUCACCGACGAUGAGCGUCGGUGGCCAGCUGGUAUCUACGGUUUACCAAAAAGAACCGGCAAAUUGAAGGACAUCAACCAUUUUGAUAACACCUUUUUCGGCGUCCACGCGAAACAGGCCCAUUUAAUGGACCCGCAACUUCGGCUGUUACUGGAAGCAACUUACGAGGCGAUAGUUGAUGCCGGUUACAAUCCACAGGAUGUCAGAGGAUCGAAGACCGGCGUGUUCGUCGGUGUUUCCAGUUCAGAGUCGAAUGAAAUGUGGACGAGUGACCCGGAGAAAGUCAACGGAUAUGGAUUAACCGGUUGCUGCAGAGCGAUGUUUCCGAAUAGGGUAUCGUUCACAUUCGACUUCAGCGGCCCAAGUUAUGCGAUCGACACCGCUUGCUCGUCUUCGUUGUAUGGUAUGCACCAAGCGAUCAGCGCGAUUCGUUCAGGGGAGUGCGACGCCGCCAUUGUUGCCGGGUGCAGUCUGUUGCUGAAGCCCACAGCCUCCCUCGAGUUUCACAAGUUGAGCAUGUUGUCGGCGGACGGUGCGUGCAAAGCGUUCGACGCUGACGGGAAAGGUUACGUUAGGUCUGAAACGAUCGGUGUCUUGUAUCUACAAAAGUUGACGGACGCGCGCAGAGUCUACGCUACAGUGGUACACUCAAAAACGAACACGGAUGGCAACAAAGUCGAGGGUAUCACGUUCCCCAAUGGACAAAUGCAGAAUAAAUUGAUGCGCGAGGUCUACUCGGAGGCCGGAGUGAAUCCAGCGGACGUCGUUUACGUGGAGGCUCACGGAACCGGGACAAAAGUCGGUGACCCACAGGAAAUCAAUUCUAUCGCCAAUUUAUUCUGCAAAGGCAGGAAAACGCCUCUUCUCCUUGGUUCGGUUAAAUCGAAUCUUGGUCACGCGGAACCAGCCAGUGGAAUGUGUUCCAUGGCAAAAUUGUUGAUUGCCAUGGAAGCAGGAAUAAUCCCCGGCAAUCUCCAUUUCAAUAGUCCUAAUACGGAAAUACCGUCGCUACUGGAUGGUAGUAUACAAGUUGUAGAUAAAAAUAUACCGUGGAAAGGUGGCCUAGUUGCUGUAAAUUCGUUUGGUUUCGGCGGAGCCAACGCACACGUACUUCUUCGUAGUAACCCGAAGCCAAAGCUAUCGCCAGUCUUAGAUAUUAAAUUGCCCAAGUUAAUUGCUGUAUCAGGCCGUACCGAGGAGGCCGUGCAGGUUCUUCUAGACAAAGCCAAAGAACAUGAUAAGGACGAUGAGUUCCACGCUCUGCUUCAUGAUACUUACGUGAAUAACAUAACAGGUCAUCUUUAUCGAGGUUAUUCCCUGCUAGGUGGUGCCGAAGAAAGUAGUCAGUAUAACAGCUCUGAGAAACGUCCUGUUUGGUUCAUAUUCUCUGGUAUGGGAUCUCAAUGGGCAGGCAUGGGCAGGGAAUUACUUUGCAUCGAGCCAUUUAAGCAGAGCUUGCAACGUUGCGCCGAUGCCUUGAAGCCUGAGGGAGUUGAUCUGAUGAACCUUAUUCUGAAUGGAACACCCGAAUCGUUUGAGAACGUUAUACACUGCUUUAUAUCCAUCGCAGCUAUGCAAGUUGCCUUUGUGGACCUCCUAGCAUACAUGGGCAUACAUCCUGAUGGUAUCAUUGGACAUUCGGUUGGUGAACUGGGAUGCGCAUACGCUGAUGGUACUUUCACGCCAGAACAAACCAUACUGGCUGCCUACUGGAGAGGAAGAUCCAUUCUCGACUCGAAGUUGGCACCAGGAGCUAUGGCCGCUGUAGGAUUAAACUGGGAAGAGACUAAGAAACGAUGCCCGCCGGACGUUAUUCCAGCGUGUAACAAUUCCAGUGAUUCCGUAACCGUUUCCGGCCCAGUCGACUCUAUUCACAAGUUCGCUGAAAAACUAAAGAAAGAAGACAUCUUCGUGCGUGUAGUGGAUAGCUCUGGCGUCGCGUUUCACAGCAAGUACAUAGCUGCAGCCGGUCCGAAUUUACGUUCUGCUUUGGAUAAGAUCUUACCGAAUCCAAAACCACGAACCUCCAGAUGGAUUUCUACAUCCAUACCCGAUAGCGGUUGGGAUAAUCCAUUGGCUAAACUCAGCUCAGCAGCCUAUCACGUAAACAACUUGCUUUCGCCUGUAUUAUUCAAGCAAGGAUUAGUUUACGUGCCUGAUAAUGCGAUCACAAUAGAAAUUGCUCCGCACUGUUUAUUGCAGGCAGUUUUACGUCGAGCCCUACCAUCAAGCGUGGUCAACAUCGGUCUACAUAAACGCGACCACCAAAACAAUGUAAACUUCUUCCUCGAGAAUAUAGGGAAAUUGUACAUGGCGGGUGCGCAGCCUAAAAUAUCCAAGCUGUAUCCACCAAUCAGUUAUCCCGUUGGUCGUGGUACACCAAUGAUCAAUUCCCUGAUUAAAUGGGAUCACUCGACUGAAUGGAUGGUUGCGAACUUUUGUAAGAGUGAUGGCUUAUCUGGUGAAAGUGUAAUGGAAUUCGACUUGUCUAAGGAAUCGGACACGUAUAUAGCUGGCCAUGUAAUCGAUGGGAGAGUUCUUUUCCCAGCUACUGGUUAUUUGGUAAUUGUAUGGAAGACCUACGCUAAACUCCGCAACGUUGACUUCGAAAAACUUCCAGUUGUGUUUGAAAAUGUGAAACUUCUACGUGCCACUAUCAUGCCCAAAGAGGGAGCAAUCAAAUUCUUUAUCAACAUAUUCAUGGGCACUAAUGAAUUUGAAGUCAGCGAGAAUGGUUCUGUGGUAGUGACUGGUAAAAUAUAUGUACCAGAGAAUGCUGAAAAGAUGCUGUUAAAUCUACCUACACCGGUCGUACGAAAUGAUCCUGAGCUAUUGGAGCUAAACACAAAAGACAUUUAUAAAGAACUGAGACUUCGAGGCUACGAAUACACUGGAGAUUUCCAGGGUAUUGAAUCUGCCAGUAAUCGUGGUGGUACCGGCAAGCUUCACUGGACCAAUUGGAUCUCGUUCAUGGAUACCAUGCUUCAGAUGACUAUAUUACAGAAGGAUACUAGAUCCUUGCAUGUACCAACUCGUAUACAGUAUGUCGCUGUUAAUCCUGCUCUUCAUAUGGAACUUGUGAAUAACCAGAAAGAAGACGACCCUAUUCCAGUAUACUAUUACAAAAACAUUGAUGUUAUUAAGUCUGGUGGUAUUGAAAUAAGAAAGAUGAAAGCAGCAUUAGCUCCAAGAAAGCAACAAUCUGAAGUACUUCCAAAAUAUGAGAAAUAUACAUUCAUACCUUACGUUAAUCCUCAAGCAACGGUACAAGAUCCUGAAAAAGCUAAAAUAAAUGCCCUUACUAUCUUGUUACAAAUUGUUUGUGAGAACGUAACAGCAUUGAAAAUGAAAUGUAUGGAAACGACCGAUGAUCGUCCCGUAGACGCUCUCUUCGUAAACACUGUUUUGAAUAUUCUUUAUAGUGAACCUUGUGUUACUGCGGAUUAUCAAAUUGCUGCUUCUAGUAUCGAACCAUACUCCAGUUUGAGUGCACAGAAUAUAAAAGUAAUACAACGAGAUACAAGUGUUGCACCCAUAGGACAAGAUUUACAUCUAAUUUUGAGUUUUAAUGUACUGUCCAAAAAAUCUGAUAGUACAUUGGAACAUUUGUCCGACAGCCUGAAUGAAGGAGGAUUCUUAUUGCUCGAAGAGUCCGGUGCGAUUAAUUUGAACAAUUUGAAGUCCUUCGAUCUAAUAUGUGUAGCUAAACAAACGGUACAUGGAAAGUGUUACGUACUUCUUAAAAAAGAAGAAAGUUUGCCGGAACCGAUCAUCGUACAAAUAACAGAGAAAAACUUCAAUUGGUUGGGAGGUCUUAAGGCGGCGAUGAAGAAGGCAUCAGAAAAUCAACAGGUGUUACUGGUUAAUCAAGGCGAGGAAUUACUCGGUAUGGUUGGACUUGUAAAUUGCAUCCGUCGCGAGGAAGGUGGCAGUAAUGUCCGUUACGUAUUCAUUCAAGACAAGAACUCUCCUAAAUUUAAUUUGAAGGACAAAUUCUAUGCCGAACAAUUAAACAAACAGUUAAUGGCUAAUGUCUUGAAAGGAGGAAACUGGGGAAGCUACCGUCACUUACUUUUAGACCAGCAAACGGGUGCAUCGUCCCUUCAAGUUGAACACGCGUACAUCAAUGCUUUAUACAGAGGCGAUCUAAGCAGUUUACGGUGGAUCGAGAGUCCGUUGAGCUACUACCAACCGGAAAAAUCUGGAAACACAGAACUCUUCCAUGUAUAUUAUGCCCCGCUGAACUUCAGAGAUAUAAUGUUAGCUACUGGAAAACUACCACCAGACGCUCUUCCCGGAAACUUAGCUAAUCAAGAUUGUAUAUUGGGUCUUGAAUUUUCUGGACGUAACUCAAAAGGUCAACGCGUCAUGGCUAUGGUACCUGCACGUGGUUUAGCAACCACUGUUGUAGCUGAUUCAGGAUUUUCGUGGAUUGUGCCCGACAAGUGGACUUUGGAGCAGGCUUCGACGAUCCCGGUUGCCUAUGCAACUAGUUACUACGCCUUAUUCGUUCGAGGUGGCUUGAAGCGUGGCGAAAGUGUCCUGAUCCACGCUGGUAGUGGUGGUGUUGGACAAGCUAGCAUUUCUAUAGCUUUGCAUGCAGGCUGCACGGUGUUCACUACAGUUGGUACACCAGAGAAACGAGAGUUUCUAAAGAAAAUGUUCCCUCAGUUGACUGACAGGAACAUCGGCAACUCUCGUGACACCAGCUUCGAACAACUGAUAAUGAAUGAAACAAAUGGCCGUGGUGUAGAUGUGGUGCUAAAUUCGUUGGCUGAAGAAAAGCUGCAAGCCAGUAUCAGGUGCCUCGCCGAGGGUGGUCGGUUCCUUGAAAUUGGCAAAUUCGAUCUGUCUAAUGACGCGCCUUUGGGAAUGUCGUUGUUCUUGAAGAACACCGCGUUCCACGGAAUUUUGUUGGAUGCUAUCUGCGAAGAUGAUGGUCCAGACAGGAAAGAAGUGGUUAGGCUUGUCCAAGAGGGAAUACAAAAUGGCGCUGUUCGCCCUCUUCCGUCGACCGUCUUUUCAGAACAGCAAAUUGAACAGUCUUUCAGGUUUAUGGCUACGGGUAAACACAUAGGAAAGGUUGUGUUGAAGAUUCGUGACGAAGAACCAGAGAAAAUUGUAACUAAUCCCGCUCCGAAAAUAGUGGCCGCCAUUCCACGCACCUACAUGAAUCCAGACAAAUCGUACAUAUUGGUUGGUGGUCUUGGUGGAUUCGGUACGGAGCUCGCUGAAUGGAUGAUCAAUCGUGGCGCGAAACAUUUAAUAUUAACAUCGCGAUCUGGUAUACGCAACGGGUUCCAAGCCAUGUGCGUUCGCCGUUGGCGUGAAGAGGGUGUUACCAUCAAAAUUUCAACGGCAGACGCAACAACAUUGGCCGGCGCAAGACAGCUGAUUAAAGAGAGUAACGAAAUCGCCCCUGUCGGUGGUAUAUUUAAUUUGGCAGCUGUUUUAAUCGACAAUAUAAUUGAGUAUCUCGAUGAAAAUGAUUUCGCGAAGGUGGGAGGACCCAAAACCAUUGCUACCAAACACUUGGACACUGUGUCCCGAGAGUUAUGUUCUUCGUUGGAUUACUUCGUUGUAUUUUCCUCUGUUUCUUGCGGUAGAGGUAACAUUGGUCAAACGAACUAUGGUCUCGCAAACUCUGCUAUGGAGAGAAUAGUUGAACAAAGACAAGCGAGCGGUUUGCCUGGUCUCGCUAUACAGUGGGGAGCUAUUGGAGAUGUUGGAUUAAUCUUAGAUUCCGUUGGCGGUGACAACGAUACGGAAAUUGGUGGUACACUGCCGCAACGUAUUCGUAGCUGUAUGGAAACCUUGGAUAUAUUCUUACAACAACCCCAUCCUGUUCUAGCGUCGAUGUGUGUUGCGGAUCAUCGUAAAUCUCAGGACUCGGCAAAUAAAAUCAGUAUAGUCGAGGCCAUCGCCAAUAUUUUAGGAAUUAAGAAGCUAGAGGGCAUUAAUUACAGCAUCACGUUAGCCGAUUUUGGAAUGGACUCUUUAAUGGGAACAGAAAUAAAACAGACGCUGGAGAGAAAUUACGACGUAGUGUUAUCAGCGCAGGAAAUUCGUAAUCUGACAUUCGAAAAGUUGAAAUUGUUCGAUGCUGGUGUGGGUGAACCUUGUGAGAGUGAGGGACAAGGAGAAGCUGAAGAAGAAACUGGUAUACAAUUUUUGUUCCAGUCGGAUGGUGUAGAACUUGUACCUACAGAAACUCUUGUACCAUUAAAGACAAAAAGUUCUAAAGGAACACCUAUAUAUUUUGUUCAUGCCAUUGAGGGAAUGGUUGGACCUUUCAAGGGCUUGGCUAGUGAAUUGGAACGUCCUGCUUGGGGCUUCCAAUGUGUUAAAGAAGCUCCAGUGAAUAGUAUAACGGAACUAGCUGCCUUUUAUAUACAAGAAAUGAAAAGAGUUCAAAAGAAAGGACCAUAUCACAUAGCAGGUUACUCUUUCGGGGCUUGUGUUGCCUUUGAAAUGGCUCUUCAAUUAGAAGCUGCUAAUGAAACAACAGUUUUAACUCUUCUGGAUGGAUCUCCAGAAUUUGUAAAACUGCAUUGCAUCGAAAUUGGAAAACAUGCUGGUCGGUCAAGACAAGACGUCACUGAGGACCGUUGUCGGAAGACAUUAUCAUUCUUCAUUACGCAAUUCAAUGGGAAGCUUAGUUACAUUGAGGCGUAUCAGAUUUUGAAAGAGAUGCCUGAUGAUAAAGUAUACGACAAAAUGGUGGAAACAAUAAACAAUCCAGAUCUGAAAAAUGAGGACUUGAAAGCUGCUGGUCUAUUAUUCCACAAAAAGCUGGAGGCAGCUUACUAUUAUGUACCAGCUGCUAAGUUACAAGGAAAUGUUACGUUAAUAAGAAUACAAGACAAUUUUAUCCAUCUGGAGAAAGAUUACGGUUUAUCACAGAUUUGCGGAAAAGAAGUGAUAAUCCAUGAAUUGCCUGGAAACCACAGAAGCUUGUUGACGGGAAAGAAUGGUACAGACAUAGCAAAAAUACUUCACACGUAAACUUUACAUCUACUUAUAUGAAAACAUCGGAGAAUCGAGGAACACGCGACAUUUAUCAGUUUCGUGUAGAGAAGUUUUAGAAAAGUAUCAAUGUACAAUAAUAUUGAUAGAGCUCAUUUUACAACUUAAUUAUUAAUAUUUAAUAAUUCUUAGACAAUCUGUGUAAAGUUCCUUUUGUACAAAUGUUUCUUCCUUGAGGUUUCCACUCGCCUUGUUCAUUCAUCACUCGCAUUAAUUUAUAAACCGAACUUCUGUGACAGCAAAGUAUUUAACUUUAGCGGUUCUUUUUUUCAUUUGUAAUAUUUGUGAGGUAUUUACUACGAACGGGUAUUACUAUAAUUAUUUCACGGAUCUUAAGUAUAAAUAUUUAAGUGAACACCUAUGAAAAUAUCUACUAUAGGUCUUUGUAAUGGUUUCCAGUGGACAGGUUACCAUUGUUUAAACCUAUAGAGUAUAUAUAUAUAUAUAUAUAUAUAUAUAUAUAUUUUAUAUAUAUUUAUUUUGUUCCAUUUUGCAUUAACAAAUGACAUUCAUAAUUAGAUCUCUGGGGAUCCAUGACAUUUUUACACAAUAGAAAUAUGUGCAAAAUUAGGAUAAAGCUUUUACAGAAAAAAAACAAUGUUUGAAAAAUUUUUUCAAUAUUUCCAAUCUCACUGUACAUGACACAUUUGCACAUGACAUAAAUACUUAAUGUAUCGUUGAAGGCAAACAUUUAUAAUAUCUUUUCAUUAAUAGUAAUAAUGAGAAAUUUAUUAAUUUAAAUAAACCUGUAAAUGUUUCCAUCUAUAUUAAUUGUCAUGGAAUAUAUGCAAUCUGCACUUGUUAUAUCUCUUCUUGUAUUAUAUUGAUAAGAUAAAUAAAGAGCAUUAAAUAAGUUAA